AUGUCGGCCACAUUCCCUCCCCAAAUCCCAUGGCAACUCAGUCGUGGAGUAUUGAAACUCUCCGAUGUUCCGUGGAACGUCUCUAAAUCUAAGAUCAUUGACCUCUUCCAUCCCGUCAAGGACAAUCUCAACGCCGUCCCAGCUAGGUCUUGGAACUACGUGAUCCAUAUUAUCACAGAUCGGUAUGACAACCGCACCUGGGAUGUCUUUGUCGAGUUCAAGAGCCCCGAAUACGCGAGGUGCGCCCUCAAGCUCCUGGAGAACACCGAUGAUGCGCCUAGAAUCCAGGGGCGGCGGAUUUGCGUGGAGGAAAGCUCUACAGCGGUGAUGGCCCGGGCAGUUUUCCCCUUUGCCCAGGUAGAGUUUGAAGGAGAGGGGUAUCGACCCAAAGCGGCAUACAAGGGGCUCUUCGGACCCGAUGACCUGCUCAACGUGCGGAAAACGGCCACGAACCUUAUGCGGACACCAGAGCGGGUAUACGAAUCCUUCUUGUCCGCCCUUCAAAUGUUGCCAGAUGCAUAUGCAAACAAUCCCAAUACUCAUGAAAAUGUGGAAGACGUUGUUGUUACGGCCAAAUGUCUCAUCAAGCAACUGUUGGAUGAACUAAUAGCGAGGAACCAUCCCGAAGGGCUGACCUGGAGACUUCUGGAAAGCUUUGUUGACGUAAUCGAUCAGGCUAGAUACUUCACAACUGAGCAGAAGGUUCAUAUCAUGAAAGAAGUCCCUUUCUACAACAGAUCGGGAUAUGCUAGUUUCUAG